AUGAAAUGGGGAACAUUGCUUAAAGACUUGAAGGAAAAAGUUGGUCUUUCCCAGGCUCCGGCAGCUUCGGCAUCUACUCCGCCGUCGCCGCCCGUCAAAGAAAGCAGCAGCAGCAAUGCGAACGAUUUGUCGCCUUCCACCCCGGACUUUUGGUCAUCUCCUUCAAGAGACAAACAUGAAUUGGAACUGGAUUUCAAGAGAUACUGGGAAGAGUUCCGGUCAUCUAGUUCUGAAAAGGAUAAGGAGAGAGCCUUGAAUUGGACUGUAGAAAUAUUUUGUAGAUUAGAGAAGCAACACACAAAUGUUGCCCAAUUAAUUUCAAUCUUGGUAGAGACACACAUUUUUUCUUUUGUUGUGGGGAGAGCAUUUGUAACAGAUAUAGAAAAGCUGAAGCUAAGCAGUAAAACAAGAUCUUUGGAAGCUGAGAAAGUUCUGUUGUUCUUCUCAGAAACUACAAAGGAUGGCAUUAGACCCGGUGCGAAUUUGUUGCAUGCAGUGGAAGUCCUUGUAUCUGGGCUAAUUGAUAAACAAUCGUUCCUGGAUUCUGGGAUCCUAUGCUGUCUCAUUCAUGUCUUAAAUGCCCUGCUUGCUCCUGAUGGGGGAAGUCAUUCCAAAAAGCCAAUGAACAAUAAAUACGUGCCAUCAGUUGAUGAAGCUAAUAAUGCUGAAUCAAGACCUGUUCGCCGGCUUGAGGUGGAAGGCAGUGUUGUGCAUAUAAUGAAAGCAUUGGCCAGUCAUCCGUCAGCUGCUCAAAGUUUGAUUGAGGAUGAUUCACUUCAGUUAUUAUUCCAAAUGGUUGCUAAUGGUUCUUUAGCAGUGUUCUCUCAAUACAGGGAGGGUCUUGUUCCUUUGCAUGCCAUUCAGCUUCACAGACAUGCCAUGCAGGUUCUUGGUCUUCUUUUGGGAAAUGACAAUGGUUGCACUGCCAAGUACAUACACAAGCAUCAACUGAUAAAAGUGCUUCUGAUGGCUGUCAAGGAUUUCGAUCCGCACUGUGGAGAUCCUGCCUAUACCAUGAGCAUUGUGGACUUGCUUCUUGAAUGUGUUGAACUGUCAUAUCGACCGGAGGCUGGUGGUAUCAGACUUAGGGAAGACAUUCAUAAUGCUCAUGGGUAUCACUUCCUUGUCCAGUUUGCUUUGACCCUGUCAAACAAUAGAGAUGGCCAGACUUUCAAUUCCAGAAAUUCUGAUGAUUCUGCCCCAGACAGUUUAGAUGCAUCCGAGGUGAUGGAUAUAAUGAACUCAAGAGAAAUUGAAGGAAACAACUCACAACCAAGUCUCUCCCCCACCCUUUGUAGACUUCUUGACGUCAUCAUUAAUUUUGCCCAAACAGGUCCCUCAGAGGCUUCAAAGAGUUAUCAAUCAAAGCCUAAUGGGCAUGGCAGAAGCCGUACUUCAUCCUCUGACAGGUUAACUGAUGAUAUGUGGGAGAAGGAUAAUGAUAAAGUCAGAGAUUUAGAAGCUGUUCAAAUGCUGCAGGAUAUUUUAAUUAAAGCAGAAAGUACAGAACUGCAGGCAGAAGUACUGAAUAGAAUGUUUAAGAUGUUCUCUAGUCAUCUUGACAACUACAAGUUGUGUCAGCAAUUGAGAACUGUUCCUCUUUUAAUCCUCAAUAUGGCUGGUUUCCCUUUGUCUCUCCAAGAGAUAAUUCUGAAAAUUCUUGAAUAUGCAGUAACUGUUGUUAAUAUCAUCCCUGAACAAGAGCUGCUCUCACUUUGUUGCCUACUGCAGCAACCAAUAUCCUCUGAUUUAAAGCAUACAAUCCUGUCCUUUUUCGUGAAACUCUUAUCAUUUGACCAACAGUACAAGAAAAUCCUAAGAGAAGUUGGUGUGCUGGAGGUUCUGUUAGAUGAUUUGAAGCAGCACAAAUUUUUGAUGGGCCCCGAGCAGCUUAGUGGUGAUGAAAGUCAGCUGGAUCGAAAAACAAGCUCCAGUGGCUUUCAGAAGCACUUGGACAGCAAGAAUGCGAUUCUCUCUUCUCCGAAACUCUUAGAAUCUGGUUCUGGGAAACUCCUCCUUUUUGAAGUGGAGGGGACAAUAUCAGUUUCUUGGGAUUGUUUGGUCUCACUAUUGAAGAAAGCAGAAACCAAUCAAGCUUCAUUUCGUUCUGCUAAUGGAGUGGCAAUUGCACUUCCUUUUUUGGCUUCUGAUAUCCACCGGCAAGGUGUCCUUAGGGUAUUGUCUUGUUUAAUUAUUGAGGAUGUCAAACAGGCUCAUGCGGAUGAGUUGGGUGCUGUGGUUGAAAUAUUGAAAAGUGGGAUGGUUACUAGUGCUUCGGGUUCCCAAUACACUUUGCAAGAUGAUGCAAAAUGUGAUGCUUUUGGAGCUGUAUGGCGCAUAUUGGGGCUUAAUAUUUCCGCUCAGAGGGUUUUUGGUGAAGCGACUGGAUUCUCACUUUUAUUGACUACACUUCAUUCUCUUCAGAGUGAUGGGGAGCAGACAAUCCAAUCAUCAAAAUCCCUAUGCGUGAAGGUGUUCACAUAUAUGAUGCGUGUAAUGACAGCUGGGGUUUCAGAUAAUGCUGUUAACCGGACAAAGCUGCACAUCAUACUAUCUUCACAGACCUUUUAUGAUCUUCUAUCUGAGUCUGGAUUGAUUUGUGUAGAAUGUGAACGUCAACUUAUACAAUUGUUUCUAGAACUUGCUCUGGAAGUAGUUCUUCCACCAUUUUUAGCACCCGAAGUUGCAACAAUAUCUGAUGAUGUUGGAAAUGAAUCAGCUAGUUUUCUUUUGAUUACACCAUCAGGCUCUUUUGUUCCUGACAAGCAACGGAUUUACAAUGCUGCUGCAAUUAGAGUCCUAAUGCGCGCUUUGCUACUUUUCACGCCGAAGGUGCAACUAGAAUUGCUAAACCUUAUUGAAAAGCUUGCUUGUGCUAGCUCCUUCAAUAAGGAAAAUCUGACUUCUAUAGGUUGUGUGCAACUUCUCUUGGAGAUUAUACAUCCGUUUAUGUCUAGCGCUUCACCUUUGGUUUCUAAUGCCCUGAAGAUUGUGGAAGUUCUUGGUGCGUACAGGUUGUCAGUAUCAGAACUCAGAAUUCUUAUUAGGUUUAUUUUUCAAAUGAGACACGCAAGUUCUGGUCGUUGUCUUGUUGAGAUGAUGGAAAAGUUGAUUCUUUCAGAGGAUAUGGCUUUAGAAGAUGUUUCUCUUGCACCCUUUGUAGAGUUGGACAUGAGCAAGAUGGGACAUGCUUCCAUUCAAGUGCCAUUGGGGGAAAGGUCAUGGCCUCCUGCUGCUGGUUAUUCGUUUGUUUGUUGGUUUCAGUUCCGAAAUCUUCUAAAAUCAUCGGCAAGGGAGACUGAAGCUCCUAAAGCUGGAUCUUACAGAAAGCAUAGUCCCAGUGGUCAACAAGCCCAGGUCCUUCGAAUAUUUUCUGUUGGUGCUGUGGAUCAUGGCAGCAACUUCUAUGCUGAACUUCAUAUUCGGGAUGAUGGGCUUCUAACUCUUUCAACAAGCAAUUCAUCCUCCUUGACUUUUGCUGGUCUGGAAAUGGAGGAAGGCAGGUGGCAUCACCUUGCAGUCGUUCACAGCAAACCAAAUGCUUUGGCUGGAUUAUUUCAAGCUAGUGUUGCUUAUGUGUAUCUUAAUGGAAAGCUAAGGCACACCGGGAGACUUGGAUACUCUCCCUCUCCUGUUGGAAAAUCUCUACAGGUAACCAUUGGGACACCGAUUUCUUGUUCGAGGGUUAGUGAUUUGUCGUGGAAACUCAGGUCAUGCUACCUUUUUGAGGAGGUACUCUCACCAGGUUCCAUAUGUUUCAUGUACAUUCUCGGAAGAGGGUAUAGAGGUCUUUUCCAGGACACAAAUCUGUUGCAAUUUGUUCCGAAUCAGGCAUGUGGUGGGGGCAGCAUGGCUAUUUUAGAUUCUCUAGAUACAGAAUUGCCUCUGACAUCUAAUGCACAAAGGCAAGAGAGUACUGGCAAACCAGGGAUCUCGAAGGUGGAUCACAGUGGAAUUGUUUGGGAUUCUGAUAAAUUAGGAAAUCUGUCCCUGCAAUUGUGGGGUAAGAAACUGAUAUUUGCAUUUGAUGGAACUAGUACAGAAAUGUUUAGAUCAUCUGGAAGUUUAUCGAUGCUGAAUCUAGUCGAUCCCCAGUCUGCUGCUGCUUCUCCUAUUGGUGGAAUACCUCGUUUUGGUCGACUUCAAGGUGAUAUUUAUAUCUGUAAGCAGUGCGUAAUUGGUGAUACAAUCCGCCCCGUUGGUGGCAUGGCUGUUGUGCUUGCACUCGUUGAGGCCGCUGAAACUAGAGAUAUGCUUCACAUGUCAUUGACGUUGCUUGCAUGUGCACUUCAUCAGAAUCCUCAGAACGUGAAAGAUAUGCAGAAGUACCGGGGAUACCACUUGCUAGCUCUUUUUCUUCACCGCAGAAUGUCAUUGUUCGACAUGCAAUCACUUGAGAUCUUUUUCCAAAUCGCUGCUUGUGAGGCAUCUUUCUCCGAACCAAGAAAGGCUGGAAGAGUGCGAAAUGCUCUAUCACCUGCUUCCACCAUGAACGAGACCAACUUUGAAGAACUUAAUUUAUCGAAAUUUCAAGAUGAAUUUUCAUCAGUUGGAUCACAGGCGGAUAUGGAUGAUUUCUCUGUUCCAAAAGACACUUUUAGUCAUAUUUCGGAGUUGGAACAUACUGAUGUCCCCACAGAGACAUCUAACUGCAUUGUCCUGUCUAAUGCUGAUAUGGUAGAGCACGUCUUAUUGGAUUGGACACUCUGGGUUACAGCUCCAGUCCCAAUUCAAAUUUCUUUACUUGGAUUUCUCGAGCAUUUAGUUUCGAUGCAUUGGUAUAGAAAUCACAACCUUACGAUUCUUCGCAGAAUUAAUCUUGUUCAACAUUUACUCGUGACGCUGCAGAGGGGUGAUGUUGAAGUGCCGGUUCUCGAAAAAUUAGUUGUGUUACUGGGCGUGAUUCUGGAGGACGGAUUUCUUCCUUCUGAAUUGGAACUCGUGGUCAGGUUUGUGAUUAUGACAUUUGAUCCACCUGACCUAACGUCACAUAGUCAAAUUACGCGUGAACCAAUGGGUAAACAUGUUAUUGUAAGAAAUAUGUUGCUUGAGAUGCUGAUCGACCUCCAGGUGACCAUCCAAUCUGAGGAGCUACUUGAGCAGUGGCAUAAAAUUGUUUCAUCUAAAUUGAUAACUUAUUUUCUUGAUGAGGCUGUUCAUCCUACCAGUAUGAGAUGGAUCAUGACUCUUUUGGGCGUGUGUCUUGCAUCUUCGCCUACAUUUGCACUUAAAUUUCGCUCAAGUGGUGGUUAUCAAGGUUUGGCGAGGGUGCUUCCAAGUUUUUACGAUUCUCCUGAUAUAUAUUACAUUUUAUUUUGUCUGAUGUUUGGAAAGCCUGUAUAUCCAAGACUCCCGGAAGUUCGCAUGCUCGACUUUCACGCGCUCAUGCCUAGUGAUGGUAGUUAUGGAGAAUUGAAAUUCAUAGAACUUCUCGAGUCUGUUAUUGCUAUGGCAAAAUCAACAUUUGACAGGUUAUGCAUGCAGUCGAUGUUUGCGUAUCAAACUGGCAAUCUUUCUCAGGUCGGUGCUAGCCUCGUGGCUGAGCUUAUAGAUGGGAAUGUAGACAAUGCUGGAGAGCUCCAAGGUGAAGCUUUGAUGCACAAAACUUAUGCGGCUCGCUUGAUGGGUGGAGAGGCAUCAGCACCUGCAGCUGCAACUUCCGUUUUGAGAUUUAUGGUCGAUCUUGCAAAAAUGUGCCCACCCUUUUCAGCUGUCUGCAGACGUACUGAGUUUCUUGAAAGCUGUAUUGACCUCUAUUUUUCCUGUGUGAGGGCUUCACAUGCUGUGAGGAUGGCGAAAGAACUCAUCGUAAAAACCGAAGACAAGAAUUUGAACGAUGCCGAGGAUAGCAGUAGCUCCCACAAUACCUUCUCUAGCUUGCCUCAUCAAGAACAUGACCAGUCAGCAAAGACCUCUAUCAGUAUAGCGAGCUUUCCCCAGGGAAAUGUCAGUGCUAGUUCUGAAGAUAUGCCUAUUUUUCCGAAUGUUCCAGCAAUCGAUAAACCAGAGACCGAUAUCUCCACAACACAGCUAGAGUCGAACAAAUCAGAGAAAAAAGACACACAAGCUGUGGAUACUUUUGAUAGAGAAGCCAUUGGCCAAUUGCCCCUCACUACAUCUGGCAGUAACAAAUUCACUUUUCCCGAUGCUAAAAACAGACCAAAUCACCAAAACGAUUCACAAAGUUCUUUGUCUCUGACAAUACCCGAAUCCCCGAUUUCAUCCGAGAGAUCUAAUCUCAAGAUCUCUCCCCCCACACCAUCACCUGCUCUGGCAUUGACAUCCUGGCUCGGGGGUUCUACCCGUAAUGACCCCAAAACCCAACCAGCUUCAACUCCUCAGUCCUUGGAUUCAUUUAUAUCCAUGAGUGAAGCUGCUGAUCCCUCAUCUGAUGUGAAGUCUGCUUCACAGUCUCAAUCUGCCUCGAACACUCUGUUGGAGAUUAGUGCGAAGCUUCUUCUCGAGGUGGAUGACUGUGGCUAUGGAGGCGGCCCAUGUUCUGCUGGUGCAGCGGCAAUCCUAGAUUUAGUAGCCGAAGUUCUGUCCGGAAUCCUCACCGAGCAGAUGAAAGCCACUCCGAUUGUGGAGGCCGUGUUAGAAAGUGUGCCUCUGCAUGCCGAUUCCGAAUCUGUUCUAGUUUUUCAGGGACUGUGCCUCACCAGAUUAAUGAACUUCCUCGAGAGGCGCCUGUUGCGGGACGAUGAAGAAGACGAGAAGAAAUUAGAUAAAAGCCGAUGGUCAAUGAACUUAGAUGCACUGUCCUGGAUAAUAGUCGAUCGUGUCUACAUGGGAGCUUUUCCCCAGCCAGCUGGCGUGUUGAAGACCCUGGAGUUCUUGUUAUCCAUGUUGCAGUUGGCUAAUAAAGAUGGCCGGGUCGAGGAAGCAGCCCCGGCGGGGAAGGGACUGCUUUCUAUCGGGAGAGGGAGCAGACAGCUCGAUACUUACAUACACGCUCUUUUUAAGAACACGAAUCGCAUGAUAUUGUACUGUUUCCUCCCGAUGUUUUUGUUCACUAUAGGGGAAGAUGACCUCCUUUCUCAUCUGGGAUUGCUCGGUGAGCCUCGGAAAAGAGUGUCUCUUCACUCUUCCCCGGAAGAAGAGGGCAACGAUAUCUUCACAGUGCUACAGUUGCUGGUGGCUCACAGGCGGAUUGUAUUCUGCCCGAGUAAUCUCGAGACGGAUCUGAACUGUUGCCUCUGCAUAAACUUGAUUUCUCUCCUACACGACCACCGACAGAAUGUACAGAAUACAGCUGUCGAUAUUCUGAAGUAUCUCCUGGUCCAUCGGAGGUCUGCACUCGAGGAGUUUCUCGUAUCUAAACCAAACCAGGGGCCUUCGUUGAAUGUUUUACACGGUGGUUUCGAUAAGCUCCUGACUGGAAAUCUAUCUGAUUUUUUCGAAUGGCUACACCGUUCGGAGUCGGUCGUGAAGAAGGUGUUGGAGCAGUGUGCCUCGAUUAUGUGGGUACAGUACAUUGCAGGGUCUGCGAAAUUUCCGGGAGUGAGGAUAAAGGGAAUGGAUAGUCGUCGUAAGAGAGAGAUGGGGAGAAAAUCAAGGGACAGCUCGAAAUUGGACCAGAGGCAUUGGGAGCAGGUGAACGAAAGGAGAUUUGCCCUCGAAAUGGUUCGUGACCAUAUGGCUACCGAAUUACGCGUCAUUCGUCAGGAUAAGUACGGGUGGGUCCUCCAUGCGGAGAGCGAGUGGCAGACUCAUCUCCAGCAACUUAUACACGAGCGUGGAAUAUUCCCGAUCGCGAGAUCCGCGAUGAACCAGGAGGAGCCCGAGUGGCAUCUUUGCCCCAUUGAGGGCCCAUAUAGGAUGCGGAAAAAGCUCGAGCGGUGCAAGCUGAAGAUAGACACUAUCCAGACUGUACCGGAUGGGCAUUUUCUAUUGGGUGAAUCAGAUCUGUCCAAGGAGAAAACGGAAAAUGAAGACGACCCUGCAUGUGAUGGCGAAUCAGAUGGCUUUUUCAAUUUUUUGACUGCCAAGCCCAAGGAUGAAUCAUUUAGUGGUGAAUUGUUUGAUGAGUCCACUAUCAGAGAAUCGGAUGAUGCUCGGGAUGUAGCUUUUUCUGGGGUUGGGUGGAAUGAUGAUCGGGAGAGUAGCAUAAACGAAGCCAGUCUAUAUUCUGCUACUGAAUUUGGUGUUAAGUCCAGUGCUCCUUCCACUCUUAGACCAGAGAGUAUACUGGGGAAGUCUGAGAUAGGAUCUCCAGCACAAUCGUCUUCCUUAAGAAUCGAUGAAGUUAGAGUUUCAGAGGAGAAGUCCGAUAAAGAACUGAACGAUAAUGGUGAGUAUCUGAUCAGGCCUUAUCUGGAACCUCUCGAAAAGAUCAAGUUUAAGUACAACUGUGAAAGGGUUGUCGGCCUUGACAAACACGACGGGAUAUUUCUGAUUGGAGAACUGUCAUUGUAUGUGAUCGAGAACUUUUACAUCGAUGAAUCUGGCUGUAUAUGCGAAAAAGAGAGUGAAGAUGAACUAUCCAUCAUUGAUCAGGCGUUGGGCGUGAAGAAAGAUUUUUCCUGUAGCAUGAUUGAUUCACAAUCCAAAUCGACUUCAUCGUGGGGUGCUACAUCGAAGGCAUAUUCCGGGGGUAGGGCAUGGGCAUACAAUGGUGGUGCCUGGGGCAAGGAAAAAGUGGGGAGCAGUGGUAAUGUGCCUCAUCUUUGGCGUAUGUGGAAGCUUGAUAGUGUGCAUGAGCUUCUGAGGCGUGAUUAUCAGCUUCGCCCAGUUGCAAUCGAACUUUUCAGUAUGGAUGGUUGCAAUGACCUGCUAGUUUUCCACAAAAAGGAGAGAGAAGAAGUAUUCAAGAAUUUGGUGGCCAUGAAUCUUCCCAGAAAUAGCAUUUUAGAUGCAACAAUAUCCGGGUCGACCAAACAAGACGUCAAUGAAGGCAGCCGUCUUUUCAAGGUCAUGGCUAAAUCAUUCUCCAAGAGAUGGCAAAAUGGAGAGAUCAGCAACUUUCAGUAUAUUAUGCAUCUCAACACCCUGGCGGGUCGUGGAUAUAGUGAUCUGACACAGUACCCAGUUUUUCCGUGGGUCCUUGCAGACUAUGAAAGUGAGAAUCUCGAUUUGUCAGAUCCAAAAACAUUCCGGAAACUCGAAAAACCAAUGGGCUGUCAGACACCUGAAGGAGAAGAGGAGUUCCAGAAGAGAUAUGAGAGCUGGGAUGAUCCAGAAGUUCCGAAAUUCCAUUACGGUUCUCAUUAUUCAAGUGCUGGAAUCGUUCUCUUCUAUCUCUUGCGCUUGCCUCCCUUCAGUACCGAGAACCAAAAGCUGCAGGGUGGUCAGUUUGACCACGCAGACCGUCUUUUCAACAGCGUUCGUGAUACUUGGCUGAGUGCUGCUGGUAGAGGCAACACUUCAGAUGUCAAGGAGCUGAUUCCAGAGUUCUUCUAUAUGCCAGAAUUCUUUGAAAACCGUUUCAAUCUCGACUUGGGCGAAAAGCAAUCUGGCGAGAAGGUUGGUGACGUCGUCUUGCCUCCAUGGGCUAAGGGCAGUCCUCGGGAAUUCAUCAAGAAGCAUCGGGAAGCAUUGGAGUCUGAUUAUGUUUCCGAGCAUCUCCAUCAUUGGAUAGACCUCAUUUUCGGAUACAAACAGAGAGGGAAGGCAGCCGAAGAAGCCGUGAACGUUUUCUACCACUACACUUACGAAGGCAGCGUUGACAUCGACUCUGUAACCGACCCUUCCAUGAAAGCCUCGAUCCUCGCCCAAAUCAACCACUUCGGCCAGACCCCUAAACAGCUAUUCCCCAAACCCCACGUCAAACGGCGCACAGACCGCAAAACCCUCCCUCACCCCCUCCGCCACUCUUCCCUCCUCGUCCCCCACGAAGCUCGUAAAACCCAUUCCCCUAUCUCCCAAAUCGUCUUUCUCCCCGCAGACAAGAUCCUCCUUGCUGGGCCCACCAGCCUCCUCAAGCCUCGUACCUUCACCAAAUACGUCUCGUGGGGGUUCCCCGACCGGACCCUCCGCCUCGUCUCCUACGAAUCCGACCGCCUCAUCUCCACCCACGAGAGCCUCCAUGGAGGCAACCAAAUACAGUGCGCUGGAGCCUCCCACGACGGCCAGACCCUCGUCACUGGAGCCGACGACGGCCUCGUCUGCGUCUGGCGGUUCACCUCUGGCGGGCCAAGCCACCGCGCCGCCGCCUCCUCCAAUCAGCAGCUCCGCCUCGAGCGGGCUCUCUGUGGCCACACGGGACGAGUCACGUGCCUCCACGUCAGCCAGCCGUACAUGAUGGUUGUGAGCGGGUCGGACGACUGCACGGUCAUCGUCUGGGAUCUGAGCUCGCUCGCGUUCGUCCGCCAGUUGCCGGAGUUUCCGGCCCCCGUCUCGGCAGUUUACGUGAAUGACCUCACGGGGGAAGUCGUGACGGCCGCAGGAGUAAUGCUCGCUGUCUGGAGCAUCAACGGGGACUGUCUGGCGGCAGUCAACACGUCACAGCUGCCGUCGGAUUUCAUUCUCUCGCUCACCGGAUGCACGUUUUCGGACUGGAUGGAUGCCGACUGGUACGUGUCGGGUCACCAGAGUGGGGCCGUGAAGGUUUGGAGGAUGGUGCACCACACGUCAUCGGGUGAGGUGGGGGGUAGCCCGUCGGCCGGGCUCGGGCUCGGGGGAAAAGUGCCCGAGUACAGGCUGGUGCUGCAUAAGGUGCUCAAGGCGCAUAAGUUCCCGGUUACAGCUAUACAUCUGUCGAGCGACCUGAAGCAGCUGCUGAGUGGGGAUUCGGGCGGGCACCUCAUCUCGUGGACGCUGCCCGACGAGAGCUUGAGGGCGGUUUCGAUGAACCAGGGGUAA